AUGACUCAUCCUUUAAAAUUUGCGUUCUAUGAACUCAAUAGUGCAAAUUCCAAGUUAUUCCCGGAAAGUGAAAGAAAAAAACGUGGUAGACCUCGAAAUACCUCGAAAGAAUUGCAAAAAAUACUUCAAAAGAUUCACAAAAUACUAAAGGAUGAGCACUCGAGGCCUCAUUACUUUUAUAAUACGAAUCCGGACGUUUUUCAGCAAGCAAUUAUCUCACUCGAAAAUGUUUUUAAUAAAUACAAAGAUGUAAAUGUCAUUACAAAAGCAACAGAUUGUUUAAAUUUUAUUGUAAUGAUUAUCUUAAAGUUGGAUUUAAGCGGAAAAGACAAUGAUUGGGAAAAAAUUGUAGUUGAUUCGUUAUCAUUAAUCGAGCAAGAUGACAUAGACCAAGUAAUGAUGGGAAAACUCUGUCUAAAACUUCUCUCAGAAAUAUUAUUAAAUUCUUCAUUAUCAGUUGACUUACGAAGAACGAGUGCAGAUGUUAUAAAUUCUCUAUUAACUGGAUGCAAAGAGAAUAAAAAAUUGUUAAGCCAAGAAAAAUUUUUUGAUGUUUCGAAACUUGCCUAUUCGAUGAUAUCUGCAUCCGAUUAUGAGCUUCAACUUCGCCAUCUCGAGAUACUAUUUAGGCUUUGCCCUAGGAUGCAAGAUGAUCGUGAAACCUUUGCAAGCAGAGCAUUUGUAAUCCACGAGGAUAUGAUUCAAAAAUUCUUGGCAAUAGCUGCCAAUGAUUUUCUCAGGGAUAGUCGAAACUUCUUGAAUUCGCUCAAUGAUUCAAAUGAUGGCAUAUUUAAAACGCCAAAAACGAUUGUGGUAUCACAAAUAAAAUACAAUAAAUUUGAAUUAUAUUGCCCGGAAGGACAAGAUCGUUUCUUCGUCGAUUUCAACAAAUGGACAAUAUCUACUACAAUAAGAUCGAUGGAGGUUAAUGAUUCUGUAGAGAAUGAUGUGUUAGAAAUCAAAUAUUCUGAAAUGUCAACAUGGGAUCUUCAAACAGGCAACUCCAUAUCUAAUAGAGAGAAUACAAUUUUCAUAAAAUUCGACAAUGACGUUCGGAACACUCUGGAAAUGAUAUUAACCGAUCGCCGCGUAAAAAAAAAGACGCAGUCUGUAGGAAGUUUACAACCAAAACCCUCUUCAAAUAAUACCGCAGCUGCACAUGAUGCCCUUUCAAAAUCAUCAGAACUUGAAAAAAUCGAUAAAUCAGUGAACACGAAUUCUCAAAGUUAUAUUGCUGCAUACAAUACUGAACUUUCUCCAGAAAAAAACAAAAGUCAACAUUUUGAAAGCAGAAUUAUUACUUCAUCUACUGCGCUCUCUCUAUCAAAUUCGUCGAAUUCCAAUGGUUCUCAAAGCAAUUCACCUACUAUGAAUCAUCAAUCAUUGAUGCAAAUACUUAAAAUUGAUAACGUCAAACGUCUGAACGUUUUUCAACCACCGAAAAAACGAUCAAAGCCAUUACAUUUAUCUGUUUCAAAAAAACAAAGAACAUACAAGGGAUAUAGUGUAAACGAAGAAAUAGGAGAAGAUACAAUAUCCAAUAGUGUGGCUGAGGAAGAGCAUCAAAUUUCACAAGCCAAGCUUUCAAAAAGAAACACAUUACAUUUCUUUCGGAAUCUUGAUGCUACCAAUGAAGAACAAGAAGUUUCUGAUGAUAUUAUAAUAAUUGAACAAAACAACAAUACAACCAAGAAUAUAAAUGCUAAAACUUAUAUAUAUAACGCAAAUCAAAAGAACGUAGUUGGACAGACGACUCGUUUACACAAAGGCUCAAAUUUAACAACUAAUGAAAAUAUUAGAGACAUUGAAUAUAGAAAAAGGAAAAUAGAUGUACAAGAUUCAAGCGAGGAUGAACUAGAAAAUCCCAAAUUCAGUAACAUAAUGAAAAAGAACAAACUUCAUAAAAGGCAGUUAAAGAUCAAUAAAGACGAAAUUCCAAUUAAAAGUGAAGAAGAAUUUUGGAAUCCAACUUCGGCUGAAUAUAACGCUGAAGACGAGGUUAUUGAACGGAUGAGAGCUCAAUUUCCGAUAGAAAUUUUCCGGGAAUUAGCAGAAAAGAACCUGUCGAUUCCAAAAUCUAAUAAUGAAAAAAAACGAGUUUCAUUCGUUGAAAGAUUUAAAGAAUGUUCAAAAGCUUUAGAUAGUGAUGACGAAGAUAUUAAAAAACGUUCAGAAGACGUUGAUAUCAUUGACGAUAGCGACGUUACUCCAAUCGAUACAGAAUGUAAAAUUGACAAGUCAGGCAAAUACGCGCAAGAAAAAUUAGAUGAGGAAAUUAAAAGAUUAUUGCAAUGCAUUGGCGAGACAAUUUUUAGACAUCUUCGUAGACAGGACGUAGCUUUAUUUCAGGUUACACGAAAAAUAAUUGUUCAAAAUGAGACUAGCUUGACUCAAGGAUUAGAAACACAGUUUAGAAACAAACACGAAUUGCUUAAUAAAUUUAAAAGAAAUUAUGUUACAAUCUCAACAGCAUAUCAACAAAUGAUUAAAGAAUUAAAGGAAGGAAGAAAAGGAUUUCCUUCUUUGGAACAAGUUGAAAAUUGA